AUGGGGAAAGAUACUAAUAAAGUACUCUGCAGUAAUAUUGCUAAUAAGUCGUACAUACCAUGGAAGACGGAUCCAACUGCUAAAGAACUAAAUCGAAAGACCACAAGCCGCUUUGGUUUAUUAAUGAGAGAUGAAGGCCUUAAAUUUACUGUGGAUGAGGAUGUAGCCGAGAUAAUUUCAGCUAUUGAGAAAGCACAGAUGGACAAACUUAAGCAGUUUAAAGAGGACGAUAUUGUUGAUGAUGAUUUAUUCGUACGAGAAACGAGUUCUUUGAAAAUUUUUUCAACAUCUGCAAAUGAUAUCUCUAACAUUGCGCAAGACAGUAUGACUGAAGGAUAUGAAGAGUUUUUCAUACCCCCCUGCGACCUUCUACUUCAUAGGCCUUCCUCAUAUCAAAACAAAUUCAUGAUGCCUACUUUAGAAGAUUAUAUUUCAUCAAAAAAUGAAGCCGAAAAUCCCUCUGCAGCUUCUCCUUCCUUAUCAACUUCAAAGCCAAGCGUUAUUCGAGUGUAUACAGAUAUCGGUGAGCUAUUUGCUAAACAGGAGUUAAGCUCAAUAUUGAAAAUUCAAAAAGCCAUCAAAAUCAUACCUUCAUUGUCAAAUUGGGAGGAAAUUCUCUUAUUGACAAAGCCCACAAAAUGGUCACCUCGAGCUACUUUCGAUGUAUCGAAGGUCUUUCUGAACAAUGUAAAAGCAAAACAAUUGAAAAGCUACUUUCAAUACGUUUUACUGUAUUUAGUUCGUGCACACCUCCACCAGAAUGAACGCUUAAAUUAUUACCUCGAAAAGGCUAUCUCAAUUUCCAUUAAAAGUGCACCCGGCCUCUUCAUCAAAGGUUUUUUGAACCCUUUAAUUGAGUCUAAUUCGUGCACUUUGAAGGAAGCAACAACUAUUGGAUGUAUAAUACACAAAACUCGUAUACCAAGCAGUCAUAUUUGUACAGCGCUACUCAGCCUUACAGAGCAACAGCCCACAGCACCAUUGCCUAUCCAUGCGCUCAUUUUUGCUUUCUUAUUGAAGAAACCAACGUUAGAUUACCGUGCCAUUAAUGCAUUAGUUGUAAGAUAUUUCAGUUGCCAAAAAUUCAGUUCAUUCACUACUACCACGACAGUACCUACAGUUCUGCCUAUGACCUGGUAUCACUCACUUUAUAUAUUCGUUAAAAAUUAUAACGUUGACAUGAUUCCAAGUCAUAAGAAAAAACUAUUGAUAUUCAUCGGAUCGAUUGAACGGAACGAUUUUUCCAACAAAAUUGAACAGAUGCUCCUUUUCAAAGCGAAGCAAUCUGACUUUCGAAACUAUUCCGAAGAUAGGGAUUCUUUCUUUAAUAUCCAAAGAUCAACAGAUGACGAAAGCUUGCAUUCGGACGAUAGUGGCAUUAUCUCCCACUCAGAAGCAUACAAUGUGCUUAAUGGUUCCGCUUCCUUUUCCUCUAUAGCCCCGUUAUCUACGAACAUGUAUAGCUGUUCUAACAUGAAUCAUCAUCAACCAUCUUUUCUGUUGGAAGAGAAACAAUCAGGAGUUGUAGCUGACACUAUGAUGCUCGAUUAA